AUAAUUUUACCUCAUUUUUAAUUGAUUUGUGUUUGUGUUUGUGUUUGUGCAUUGAUUCUUAUGUUUAAUCUAGAUGAUCUUGUGUUUUUCCGUGAUCCUUUUUUCUUCGAUGACCUAAAACGAUGACUAAUUUUUGUGUGUGUGUUUUGGUGGUUGAUCGUAGUUGAGCUUGAAGGGCAAUUUUGCUCUUGGUGAAAGAUUUGAUUUUUAUGUUUUCAUCGCUUAUGUUUACUGGUGAUGUUUUGUGGGAGUUGUGUUUGUGAAAGUUGGCAUGCUUGUAGUUUAGGUUUGAAGUUAAUUUAUGUCAAAUUGAGGUUUGUGUUUGUGAAAGUUGGCAUGCUUGUAAUUUAGGUUUCAGAGUUAAUUUAUGUCGAAUUGGGAUAGAAGAGAAGAGACAUGUCUUUCAAGUGUUUGUUCUUGUUUGGAAGGAGCUGUUUUAAAGCUUUUAUUGUAGCAUGUUUGGUUAAAUUAUGUGUUUGAUGGAAGUAGGUUAGUUUGAACUUGAGAAUAGUUAGUUUUUGUGUUUAAUUCCUUCACCAAUGGUAGAAGUUCCUCGGAUAUGACCCCUAUUAUGAAGUGCCGGAUGAAGUUUUCUUGAUUAUAUGACACUUCAAAUUAUGUUUAAACAAAAUUUUACUGUUGGUUGUGUUACUUAGCUUAUUCUUUUUGGUUGGGGUUUAACUUGCACAACUCACCUAUUGUAAUGUCUUUUCUUGAUGAACAAUAAUUUCACGCACUGUGAGUUAUAUGUAUAGGCCGUAAGCGACGGAGCAUCUCAGAACUCUGUGGCUUAGCUAUUCGUGAAUUAACCAGCCAAAGUAUUUAGCCCUCUUUUUGGAACUUGCAAAAUGUCAAAUGGCGAAGUUAGACAAAUCUCUGUCCAGGACAUAGACACGGUUCAAAUCCUUAUCGAAAAAUGCCUUCAGCUUUAUAUGAGUGAGGAGGAGGUUGUGAAUACGUUGUCACACCAGGCAAAGGUUGAACCUGGCUUCACAGCAAUUGUGUGGCAAAAACUCGAAUCAGAAAACCAACAAUUCUUUCGGGCGUAUCAUCUGAGGCUGAUUUUGAAGGACCAGAUAUUAUGAUUUAAUCAGUUGCUUGAGAGACAGGUUGAGCUAAUGCGUCAAGUCGGUCAAACAGGAGUCACUUCCAUGUCAUUGUCAAAUGGAUCUCAGUUGCUCGAGAGACAAGUUGAGCUAAUGCGUCAAGUCGGUCAAACAUGAGUCACUUCCAUGUCGUUGUCAAAUGGAUCUCAGAUGCAUUCAAUAGUGCACAACAACUCGGGUUAUCAGGUUCAACAGCCAGCUGGGCUACCUAUAAAUCCGGAAAACAUGCACCAAGCUGUUACAUUACCCAAUGUCUACACUAAUGGCGUGUCCGCCUUGCAACCUAACAUGCAAGUUCCAGUCAACAUAUCUGGUCAUGGUGGUCGGAUCGACGUGCCAGAAAACAUGCUUGUAACUUAAAAUUCCAGCUCCGGAAUUGUGCAAGGGAUGAAUGGUGUGAUGAUUAAACCAAAGGGUGGCUUUGCGGGCGACUCCAACUACAUGUUUGGCGCAGAGAACAAUCUCAUAGAACAUCGCAACACAACUGGAGAAGCGUUUGUUUCACCUUUCACAAGUGGUGAUCCGAAUGACUCCAUGAUGGACCAGGAGACAAGCUCAUUUGGAUUCUUGGGACAGAUACCGCGCAACUUCAGCCUCUCAGAUUUGACAGCAGACUUUUCCAAUAGCUCAGAUAUACUCAUGAGCUACUCUAGAUCGCCAUUUCUGGGCGCAGAUGCGAACAUCUUGAACCCCCAGAUCAGAAGCGAACAACAAGGUGUUAGGAGAUUGGACACCAUAUCGGAGGGGUUGGGUUACAAUGAUUUCACCAGCAACUGAAUCUUUCGGAAUGAUCUUGCGAUGGCGCCAGUGACUGAAUCUUUAGAAUGAUCUAGCAAAUUGAUUCAAAGUGAUUCUUAUCUAGCCUCAUCUUUGCAAAACCACAGUAAUUUCUUUUACCUUAUUUAGCUACAAGUUUUUGUAAAUACAUUCUAGAAUUAUGAGUCUACAGAAGCUUGAUGAUUGCAGAAUAAUUCAAGGUAUCAUUGGUGGUA